GUUUAGUGGAAGGUUGUUGUGUUUUACCUGUUUCAUUAGGAUCAAACUCGAUUCUAUUCCAUCGGAUCGUAGGCGAGUAAGAAUUAAUUACCUUUGCUGCUGGUGAGCAUAUUUCCAUCUUUCGAAGAGCACUUGCAGAUUCAAUUCUUGUUAAAGACGUUGAUAUGGCAUGGGCAAACGUAGACGAUCAGACGUCACUUCAAUUUGUUAAAAUCGUGGAAAAGUUCCCUGAUAUAUAUGACAAUAACACAGACACGUAUAGAAGAUGGUGUGCCCACAGAGCUUGGGAUAAAAUAGUUGAUUGUGUAAAAGACGAAAUGAAAAUUGAUUGUACAGUUAGUGAAUUAAAAAGUCGAUGGAAAUGUAUCAGGUCAUCGUACAGCAGAUACAAAGCCAAACUUAACAAGAGCAGACAGGAUGAUUCACUCCCACCAAAAAAAUAUUACCUCUCAGAUGCUUUGAAAUAUUUAGAUCCAUACAUGAAACAAAAAAGUGUUUCAGGGAAUGACCCCGAGGAAGAAAUCGUAUUUGAAACUUGCUUCACGAAUGAAGAUGAUUCGAACUCUAAUAAAAGUGAUGCUAAUAAUAUAGAUUGGACAGCAAUUGAAUUAAAACCUGAUGUACUAACAAUCAAUAAAAGUGACUCACAAUUCUCGGAAACAGAAGAGCCUCUCAACAUAAAUGCAAAAAGAAAACGGUUAAACAGCGAUAGUGCAGAUGCUGACAAUGACAGUUUACAAUUUUUCAAAAGCAUAUUGCCAGAUAUAGAACAUUUUACUGUUAAAGAAAAGCGUCGAUUAAAAAUGGGAGUUCUUAAGCUUAUCGAUGAUAUUGAAAACGAUAGAAAUUGAAAAUAUUGAAAUAUCUCCACUUGUUAUAUGUAAAUCAUUACACAGUGACAAUUAACUGUGAGAAGAUACGGUUCUAUUGAUAUUGUCUAUUACAAAUCUGAAUAGCGUUAAAACAUGUUCGAGACAUUACCAUAGUAUAUUACUAGUUGAGCGUAUAUAACCCGGCUGGUUUCGGUUAAAGUCUUAUGCCCUAACUUCAGCUUCAGAAUAGCUGCCUACUAUUAUCCGACGUGUAACAUCUUCUACCCUCAUUUGCAUGGAAAUGAGAUCCGUAAACAUUCUCAACGUCGCAACCCUCAGUUUUCCGACACCUUCUUUGCUUAAUUACAAACGACGACACGUAAUACUAUUAAAAAAAAAUUGGUGAAAAGCGAUCGAGUGUUUCAACAUUAUUUUUAAGACAAAUUUUGUAAUACCUAUCACAAAUACAAAGCAAUGUUGUCAUAAAUGACAUUCCAU